AUGAUAGACAGAGGUAAAGAGAGCUUUCGAAGAAACAACAUCAGAAUCAAGCUACAGUACACCAUGGAGCAAAAACAUCUCUUCCUGCAUCUCACUCUGUAUCUCACUAGCUUCGUCUCAGUCGAUGUCUCACUCCCAGGAGGGAUUCCUCACAAGUAUGAUCUAAUCAUGACGAAGAUGUCAUGGGCAGAUGCACAGAUCUACUGCAGAGAAAAGUACACUGACAUCGCAACAGUCGUUAGUAAUGCUGAUUCGCGAAGACUAAACAAAGAAGCUGCAAGCAAAGGUCUGGCCACACCUGCCUGGGUUGGUUUGUAUGAUGAUAUCAAAAGCUGGCGCUGGUCCUUAAACAAUCUCCUACUGCUUGAUGUUGGUUAUACUUCUUGGUCCUCUGGACAGCCUAAUAAUGCUCUGUCAUUAGAAUCAUGUGUUGCUGUAGGUGCCAAUGGUAAUUGGUACGAUACGGCGUGUUAUUUUGUACGAGCCAUCGUGUGCUACAACGCUAAUUUCUCUGAUGAUAAAAAGUUCGUAGCCAUCAACACACAAGUGACCUGGGCUGCAGCUCAAGCUUAUUGCCGAUUGCACUACACAGAUUUGGCCAGCUCACUUAACAGCUCGGACCAAAGCUUGCUGGCGGUGCUGCAAAAGGCCCAGGGUGAUUCUUGGAUUGGCCUAUCCAGGGAAACUUGGAAGUGGUCAGACAGGACCAAUGUUACAAACCUCUUUUGGGCUUCUGGAAAACCGAAUAAUGCUGCGAGAGUUUGGGGAAGCUGUGCAUCAGUUAGUAAUGGCCUGUUCUCUGAUGAAUCCUGCUAUAACCUGAACUACUUCUUCUGUCACACCAUUCCACCAGUGAGGACUUACAUAAAACUGCAGGUGAAGGGUGAUGACAGUGUGUUUGAUUCAGUUCUGCAGUCGUUUAUUUUAGAGCAGAUCAGGCAGAAACUUGAUCAAAAUGGUAUGCUGGAGAACACCACAGUGACCUGGAGGGUGCAGGCGGAUGGAAACGUUUUCACAAGAAAAAAACACACUCCGUGACAUAUCCGAGCUGCUAUUAGAAAGAAACAUAACCGGAAUGAAAUGCUUGCGAACACCAGAGUGACCUGGAGGCUGUGGCCUGAUGGAAACCACAUUUACAAGAAAAAAAAAAAAAUAUAUCUGUAACCGGUCAUGUUUUAACAUUUUCUCUUUUCAACGCUUUCAUGUUCUCUGUAAUCAACCUGCUUCUUAAUGACACUGGAAUACUUUAACAAUCACAUAAUAUUUUUCUGUUUUUUCUGAUCGAGCGCAAAUAUGAAUAUGGUUUUAUUAUACUGCAAAUAACCACAUUAAAGUGAUAUAGAAGAUUUUAGACUGCAAGUCGGUCUAGUCGUGGCUGUGAGACUGGGAUCGAAGUAGUAAAACACCUCUGACUGUAACCACGUUACUGCAAUACAUUGCUCUGGAUAAGUGUGUGUGCUGAAGGCCAUAAAUAAAAAUAU